UGUCUGUCUCAUUCCCUCCACACUCCACAGUCAUGGUUACACGGUUUGUCCUACUAUCAGCAUGCGUGGCUCUGGCCAGUGCCGGCGUAGUCCCGUACGCCGCCCCUGUCGCCAAGUACGCCGCCGGUCCCGCCUACGCAUCCCCGGCCUACGCCGCCCCCGCCUACGCAUCCCCGGCUUACGCCCCAGUAGCUAAAUACGCUGCCGCCCCCGUAGCCUACGCUGCUCCUGCAUACGCCGCGCCAGUUGCCAAGUACGCCCCUGCCCCAGUAGCCUACGCUGCUGCCCCUGCGUAUGUGAAGGCUGCCCCAGCUUACGCUCCUGCCUACGCUAAGGCCCCCGUUGACGAUUACGACCCUAACCCGCAGUACAGCUACGCCUACGACAUCCAGGACUCCCUCACCGGAGACUCCAAGAGCCAGCAUGAGAGCAGGGAAGGAGACGUCGUCCACGGAUCCUACAGCCUGGUCGAGCCUGACGGUUCCAAGAGGACUGUGGAGUACACCGCCGACCCCCACAACGGAUUCAACGCAGUCGUCCACAAGGAACCAGGCUACGCACCAGCACCCAAGUACGCUGCUGCCCCCGCCUACGCAGCCCCUAAGUACGCUGCCGGCCCCGCCUACGCUCCAGCCUAUGCCGCACCCGUCGCAAAGUACGCUGCUGCCCCCGCCUACGCUCCUACAUACGCAGCACCUGUUGCCAAGUAUGCAGCUGGUCCAGCAUACGGCCCCCACAGGGGGCGGACCCCCGAGCCCCCUGGGAGAAAGCCUCUCCCUUAUAUACUUGGGCGUCCCUGCGUCGUCGCAUACACUCUCUCUACCAUCUACAUAAUGGCAACUAAGAUCGUCCUUUUGUGCGGUUUUGUGGCCGGAGCCCUAGCGCUUCCCCAGUACCAUGCACCCGCCUACGCGCCAGCCCCCGUCGCUUACGCCCCCGUUGCCAAGGUCGCCGCCCCCGUAGCAUACGCCGCUGCCCCCGCCUAUGCCAAGGCCGCACCCGUUGACGACUACGACCCCAACCCUAGCUAUAGCUACGCCUACGACAUCAAGGACGGUCUGACCGGAGACUCCAAGAGCCAGCAGGAGUCUCGUCAAGGGGAUGUUGUCCAAGGAUCCUACAGCCUGGUCGAGCCUGACGGUUCCGUCCGUACCGUAGAGUACACCGCCGAUCCCCACAACGGAUUCAACGCCGUCGUCCACAAGGAUGCUGCCGCGCAUCCUGCUGCCCCCGCUUACGGCCCCGUAGCCAAGGCCUACGCCCCAGUGGCUAAAGUGGUCGCUCCUGUUCCUCACUAUGGUUAGACACGGAAUAUAUCUGUAGCUUGUUGUCAUAUGUUUGUUACCAAAUGUUAUUUAUUCAGGUCUGUUUUUAGACCGGUUGUUCUAAUAUAUUCAUAUGUUUUGUAUGCUCAUAAAAAAUAACACGUGAUAUUGUUAUUUCAAAA